AUGUCUGUCCCCGCCUUCUCUGACAUUGCCAAGCAGGCAAACGAUCUUCUCAAUAAGGACUUUUACCACCUGUCCGCCACCACCUUCGAGUUCAAGGACACGGCCCCCAAUGGCGUUGCCUUCAAGGUCACGGGCAAGUCGAGCCACGAAAAGGCCACGUCCGCUGCUAUUGAGGGAAAAUACACCGACAAGCCUACCGGCCUGACCCUGACGCAGACGUGGAACACGGCAAACGCCCUUGACACCAAGCUCGAGGUCAGCGACUCGCUCGCAAAGGGCCUCAAGCUCGAGGGUCUCUUCAACUUCUUGCCCGCCACGGCCGCAAAGGGCGCAAAGUUCAACCUCAUGUUCAAGCAGCCCAACUUCCACGGCCGCGCCUUCUUUGACCUGCUCAGGGGCCCCAUGGCAAACGUCGACGCCGUCAUCGGCCACGAGGGCUUCCUCGCGGGCGCCAGCGCUGGCUACGACGUCAACAAGGCCGCCGUCACCGCCUACAGCGCCGCCGUCGGCUACUCGGCGCCCCAGUACAGCGCCGCCGUCACCGCUACCGAUAACCUGAGCGUCUUUGCCGCCUCCUACUACCACAAGGUCAACAGCCAGGUCGAGGCCGGCGCCAAGGCCAUCUGGAACUCCAAGACGGGCAACACGGUCGGCCUCGAGGUUGCCAGCAAGUACCGCAUCGACCCCGUCUCCUUUGCCAAGGUAAAGAUCAACGACCGUGGCAUUGCCGCUCUUGCCUACAACGUGCUCCUCCGCGAGGGCGUCACUCUGGGUCUUGGUGGCUCUUUCGACACCCAGAAGCUCGACCAGGCCACCCACAAGCUCGGUGCCAGCUUCACCUUUGAAGGUUAA